AGGUUACAGCAAAUGCUAUUGACUUAAUCCCUAAGAACCAUUACAACAUGCCGAUCUUCCUCAACAGCCUAAGCUUGCGAUUGCGCGCCUAUUACACACUUACUGGCAAGGUUGAGAUUUUAGAGGAGGGUUUACGAUUGUCCAAGCAAGCGUUAACGGCCACCCCAGUAACAUCCCCGACAUUUCCGGCGUUGGCGGGUAAUCGAGCAUCGCUGUUGAGCUUACAUUAUUCUCUCACAGGGCAAGUAACCACCUUAGAGGAUGCAAUACAAUUGUCGCAAGAAGCCUUGAGAUACACUCCCAUUGGAGAUCAGAAAAGGCCGAAAUUCUAUCAUUAUCUCAGCGUUUUCUUGUGCAUGUACUACGAUAGGACUUCUGAAAUGGCGAGUCUCUCUGAAGCUAUACGAUUGAGUCGAGAAGCAUAUGCCGGAACCUCCGAUGGGAGUCCAGCUAAGGCUGAUUACUCCGCCUGCCUAGCAGAUUGCUUAUUUUCAAGAUACAGAAGAAUCAAUAACUUGAGUGACUUGAAGGAAGCUAUUGCCACGGCUCUGAUUUCCACUAUUAAAGCUCCAUCCGAGCAUCCGCGUCUGCCUGGUAUGCUCGAUACUCUUGCAUCAUGUCUCAUGUCUAGGUACGAUCGAAACCGGAAAAUGGCGGAUAUCGAUGAAGCAAUCAAUAUUGGCCAGCGUGUGUUAGAUACCACACAUACAGGUAUCAUUUAUCGGGAAGGUUGGAUAUCCAACCAAAUUGUGCGGCUACGGACUCGCUAUUUGAUUGCAAUGGAAGGACCGGAGCUUGACCAGGCCAUCCGGUUGGGAAGCAAGACGAUAGCUUUGCCAAUAACCGAUACUCAUCGACGAGCAUAUGUAUUGUUUAAUCUCGGGGUAUGUCAAGCUGUGCGGGGAGAUAAAAACGCUCUGGUAUCAUUUAAUAGUGCAUGGAAUCUUCCAGAUGUUGCUCCACUGCUUCGGGUUGCCGCGGCGGGAAAGUGUCUUACGCUACUGUAUGCUGCUGGACGGCAUGAAGAGGGAAUGAAGUUGGGCUUUGAAAUCCUCAAUCUUCUUCCCUCUGUCCAUACACCGUCACUUCAGCAAGGGGAUGAGCAGGAGGUUAUGUCCACGUUUGCCGGGAUAGCCUCUGAGCUAUGCGCUUUGUGCAUCGAGAAAGAGGAGCCUGAGGCCGCACUUCAGAGCCUAGAACAGGGGCGUGCCGUGAUUAUCGGUCAACUACUAUCAGAUAGCAAGGAUGUGCCGCAGCUCUCAAAAGAUAGGCCAGAUCUUGCACAACGAUACGAGGCUCUUACAAGGGAAGUCGGAGCGCCGACCAGUUCGCUCACGACAUUGAUGCGGAGCAAUGCCGUUAAAAGACGGCGCAGUGAAGCAAUGAAAGCUCUUAAUGAUUGCCUUCGUGAAAUCAGAGACAUUGCGGGUUAUGAGAGGUUCUUGUUGCCGUUAGAACAGGCGGAGAUGCAUCAGUGCGUUGACAACGGCGUCGUGGUUGUAGUGAACGUAACAAACAUGCGGAGCGAUGCAAUACUCUUGACGGCUAAGGAUGUGAGGAGCCUGCCUCUGCCAGAUAUGUCAAUAUCCAAGGUGAAGGAGUGGACUGGGAGGGAUUGGAAGAUGAAGAAACGAUCAGAGUGGCAGCGCACUAACCACGACUUCUCCAAAUACCUAGCCUGGUUAUGGGAUGUAUGCGUCAAACAUGUUGUUCAUGCUAUUGAAAAUAUACAUGCGCCAUCGCCGCACAGCAGGCCAAAAGUUUGGUGGAUAGGGGCUGGAUACGCCAACUCAAUGCCGUUGCAUGCUGCCGGGAUGCAUAACGGUAAAUCUAAGGACAACGCAUACGACCGUCUAAUAUCUUCGUAUACACCAUCCAUUAAGGCACUCGCGUAUGCACGAAAACAAGCAUCUUGUGCAAUGGAAUCUCGGGACACAGACUGCAUGCUUAUUGCGACGAUGCCGUCAACACCAAAGAGCCUGGACGAAAAGAAAAAGCCAAACGACCUCCCUGGCGUCGUGCACGAGGCUGCUGAGAUUGUAAGGGUGGCUGGCUCAAAUAUUAUGGCAACAGUUGCCAACGGACCUUCGGUGGAGCAAAUUCUCACAGCGUUGCCAACCUGCCGAAUAGCACAUUUCGCAUGCCAUGGGACAUCGGACGUAACAGAUCCAUCCAAUAGCAGCGUGAUCAUGCAGCGUAAAGCUGACAACGGGACGCUGGAGCAAGAUCGGCUCACAGUGCAUCAGAUUUCAAACUUGAGAACUGAACGCGCACAAAUUGCGUACCUUUCGGCUUGCUCAACCGCCGAGAACAAAGCCACGAAGCUUCAGGAUGAAGUCCUGCACGUCGUGAGCGCAUUUCAAGUGUCGGGGUUCCCUCACGUUGUUGGGUGCCUAUGGCCGGCAGGAGAUGAGCAGUGCGUCAGGGUGGCAACUAAAUUCUACUCUUUGGUGCUGUCGCCGGAAGGGGACAAGAUAAAUCGCGAACCAGCUAGAGCGUUGCGCGACGCGGUGAUGUCGCUGCGUGACGAAGAUGCUGAGAUGCCGCUGCUCUGGGCGCAAUUUGUUCAUUACGGGUGGUGAAGACUUGGUACAUGUAUCUUUUAAUAGAGGGUAACGAACCAUAUGAGAUAUUAUUAGGGUCACCGGGAGCUUAGGAUGCCUCUACUCGUUGGUAUGACUUUUAGUGACCAACUUUGAGGCUCCAAAGUGGGCACCCGCAGCCAAUAAGUGUAUUUCUCAUACAAUUCACUAGGAAAAAACAACACAUCUGCAUCAACCGAUCUACGACUAAGAAGCCACAAAUACUGC